UUCUCUGUUUGCGGUGGUUUCGGUGAGAAGGAAUGGAUUCCGGUCUAUGUGGAUUAUCCGAAAGGAAUCAUCUCGCCUUGUGUGAUCACUUGGGAAGGAAAGCAAAUUCUUGGCAAGCUUGAUGAAAUUGCUUUUCAGGUUGACAUCAGAAACGAGAAAGCAAGUUCAGCAUUCAACGGUAAAGAGAACAUCAUCGUUGGACCGGCUGUGCAAACUCAGAUGGUCCUUUGCCGUAAACCGAAGCCUGGAUACAAAUUUGAAUAA